GCUCAGUCUAUUACAUACUGUAGUAGUUUAAUUACGGUGUGCUUAGCCUACCUAGUAGGUAGUGACAUUUAUGGAGGCUGUGCUGUGCCCACCAGUGGAACCUCGCCGCUUCCUUUCACCAUCGUCCCUUUGAGACGCUCAGGCUUGACAUGAAACUACAACUUCUCUUCAUCUUUUCGCCAUCAACCCAAUAAACGCACCUACCUAUACUUCACUCACUCACUCACUCACUCACUCACUCACCCGCUCACUCGCAUUAUUCUCGCAAAAUCUUACAUAUUCUGAUCACAAGAAUAUUCAGCAAGACCUCAUCAGACAGUAGCAGGUCUACCGGUUUCGACGAGAUAUAUCUCCUUUCACGGCAAGCAACACAACAUUACCCCACGACACUCCCAAUUUAUCGAUCCACAUCACUAUGCGAUUCACCACACUUGGAGCGGGGGCUGCUCUUGCAACCCUUAGUCAAGCAUUUCUAUUACCUCCAGCCAUUUCGGAAUCUGCUAGCGAUGCUAUAAGUUCUUUAUCUUUCGAUGCUGCUGUCGAGGCAGAAGGUCGAAUGUUGGCUGUCGACUGUCCUGGUUGUCCAAUCGCCACCCAGACUUUCGAUUCACAGGGACGUCGACUUGGUCUGAAGGGAUUGAACAGACUCAUGUUCAAUUUUUCCGUCUCACACGACAAUGGUCUCGAUCGUGUACUUCUUAAUGGACUCCAAUUCUAUCCCAUCGAUAUGGACUCCAGUCUCGAACGUCUUUCAGCUCCACAAAUGAUCAAGACCUCUGACAACAAAUGGGUCGAAGCCGCAGAACCAGACCUAGGCUAUGCUUUACGCAUCCAUAAGCCGAUAUCAUAUUCUAAACAAGAUCAAAUUGAUCUGGUCAUGGCAACCCUUGAGAUUCUCGAAGUCGGAAAUACAUUCGUGGAUAACGUUAGUAACAUCGAACUUAAGAUUCUUGCAACCCCAAGUGGAAAGUUGAUGAUUGGUGAUGCACAAGUCGUCCCAUCGCCACCGAAGAACCAUCUGUCUAAUUCAAUCGAUGAUGGACAAGAAUGUACGACGGUGCUUUGCAAAUGGAGAGCAAUUAUGGCCGAUAAACUAUCAGCUCUCAAGAAAGGCUGCGGUGGCCAAGCCCAACCAACUCCUCACAACAACAAACCUCAAGGUCAUGGACGCCCCCGUCCUUACGGUCAUCAUGGAGGACACGACGGCCACAGAGGUCAUGGUGGUCAUGGUGGUCAUGGUAGACCUCAUCGAUUCUCUCACAAACACCACGGCAUCACUAGAUUCUUGCGAGGUGUUGUCCUACACGUCUUUAUUCCAGUCAUCAUUGGUGUCGUUGCAGGAAUCACUGCCAGUCUUGUUGGUAUGGUCGUCGGCCAUGUUGUUAUCUUCAUGUGGCGUCUUUUGUUCCGUAGAGGGUCUCAAAGCCAAUACACCAAGGUUCAGCAAGAAGAUGCUAGUGUUGAAGAAGGCAUCGAAGAAGAGAAAAGCCUCAUUCAACACCAAGGACCACCCCCGGUUUACGAAGAUAUUGUCAGGGAAGAUAAGGAAUAACCAAUGAAACAGAAGAAUGCAAUUAAAUUGAAAAGUGGUCUCGGCUCUCAAUGACCUUGCCACAAUCUUGAUAAUCGGAGGUGAAUUUGGGAAGAUGUGUUUUUGGGAGUUUAUAUGGCGAGAUUGAUGCGACUGCAGGAAAUGGCAUACGGGCUUAAGGGGGUGUAAGGGGUCGGAUAAUGAGCAACUAGUGACUUUUUUUUUUUUUGCAACAUGCCAAUUAAAUGAAUAUAUAUCAAGCGAUCGUCUAUUGCCUUUCAAUGUUUCAGUAUCUUCCAUAACAUAUCACAACUAAUUUCAUUCACACGUUGCUUUGGAGAGUUGAAUCAAAAUUUACAAUACUUGCUACACUGAUUCAGUAAUGUAGAAAUUAGUAAAUUGGCUUGCCUUCAAACUUACCAAUGGUAUGAGACAGGUAGAAAACUCAGUCUGGACAUCCAUAUUCCUCUUCUUUUUCACUGGCCACUUACUUGACUCCCUUUUCCUUCUCUACCUUCUUUAUUAUCCGCAUCCAAUUCAGUCCAUUUACA